AUGCCGUCAACGGCCACAGCUCUGACGCCGGGCCUGUCGUCGUUCUUGAAAUCCCUCAAGACGAAUCCGAUAGAUACCUCUAUUGAAAACCUAGUAUCGCUGCUCAAGCGUCGUCAAAUCCGUCAUUCUCGAUCAUGCGCGACUGCAACCGCCUACCUCCUCCUGCGAGUUGUAUCGGCAUGCCGAACAUCCGAGUCCGUGAAGCUCAUUGAGCGUGUGCAAAGUGUGGGUAGACGUCUUAUGGCUGCGCAGCCGCGUGAGAUGGUGGUGGGGAACAUUGUGCGACGAGUCCUCGGCCUGAUUCGUGACGAAGCUGAAGAUGAUCGCGAUGCUGAGUUCGCACUCAGUGAGGCUGGCUCGGAAAGCCAGUGUCAAACUCCCCGUGCCUACGACGAUCCGUCACUGCCUUUGGAUCGUGAUAUGCUCGGUCUCAGGCCAGAGGGCUCUGACCGGUCUUCUCGUCCCCCUUUGACCUCGAUGUUUAGCCUGCUCUCCCACCCGGAGCCCGAACACUCCCUUCCCAGCACUCCCGGCACUCAAUCGCCAAUUGGGCGUGUGCCUGGCCACGGCCUCAGCAAGGACGUACGAGCUGAAGUCUUGGAGGGUAUCAACGAGAUUAUUGAUGAGCUGGGUCAAGUAGAUGACCAGAUUGCUGCUUAUGCGUUGGAACACAUUCACUCCAACGAGAUCAUCCUCACACACACCUCUUCCACAACAGUACAGAAGUUCCUGCUCAAAGCUGCCGCCAAGCGCAAGUUCACAGUCAUCCAUGCCGAGUCGUUUCCAAACAAUCACGAUUCCACCCACGCUACUGUUAGUGGCAAUAGCGCCGGUGAUGAUGAGAACCUCGGCUUUGAAUCUUUCCAAAAGCCGCUGGUUGCUCAUGGCAUCACUGUGAUUCUUAUUCCCGACUCCGCUGUUUUCGCGCUCAUGUCCCGUGUCAACAAGGUCAUUUUGGGUACCCACUCCGUCCUUGCUAAUGGUGGUCUUGUCGCUGCUGCCGGCACCCGUGUCAUUGCCCGCGCCGCCAAGGUUCACCAAACCCCUGUCGUUGUUGUCAGUGGUGUCUAUAAAUUGAGUCCCGUGUAUCCGUUCGACUUCGACUCGCUCAUUGAGUAUGGCGAUGCCAGCAAAGUUUUGCCCUUCGAAGACGCAGACCUUGUCGAGAAGAUCGAUGUUCAGAACCCAAUUUACGACUAUGUCCCGGCAGAGCUGGUUGAUCUUUACAUCACCAACUUAGGUGGCCAUGCCCCGUCAUACCUCUACCGUAUCGUGUCUGAUCACUACCGAAAAGAGGAUAUCAGCUUUUAG